AUGGAGAUGUGUGCCAGCAGCAGCAAGAAGAGGAAGCUAAUUUCCCGCGAAGAGGACGAAGCCAAAAUGGAGACGUUCUUCGCUGUGGUGAGAAACAUCCGCGAAACACGUGAUCGGUGGAAGGGUUUGAAGUCAGGUGACAGAAAGAGCAAGAGGGGUGAGAUUAUCACGUGGAAGGAAGAAACUAGAGCUGGGGUUUGGAAGCCAACGUUUCAGCUUGAGGAUUUCGCUGAGGAAGCUCGGCGACGAAACUCGGUCUCAGACCCUAGAGCGUCUCAGAGGGAAAACUGUGAAAGGAAAGAGGCUGAAGAAAAGGAGAAAGUUAGAGGAGCUUUUGAGAACUUUCAUGGCUAG